AGUGGGAAAGGUGGGUUUUUGGAUCUGAGAGAAAAACGUGGACUGAAGUGGAAAUUGGGGGAUUUGGACUACUUGAAAAUACUUGGACGUUAGGGUAACUGAAAUUGAACUUGAAUUUGUUGGCUGGCUUAAAAGGUAAGCAAUAAAAGGGGAGUGGCAGUUUUAAAAGAUUGGGAGAAAGAUUCUUUCUUUACGACUUUACCCUAACUACUAAUCUCAUCCAACAAAAGAAAGGCUUCAAAUUCCAUUUCAACUGGGCAUAAAACAAUUCGAAAAGUGGUUAACUUUGCUCAUAAAAUGGAGUGUGGAUUUUUGGAUUUCGGAUGGGUGUUGCUCAGCUGAUGCUGUUGAGAUGAUGAUUGUGUUAGUUGAGUUGUUAGAUUGGGCUUUUCUUUUAGAGUUUAGCUUUGUGACACAGGCUUUUGGCCUUUUAGAGAAAACAAUUUCAGGCUGAAAAACCCCAAACAUAGGCUUCAGCUUGACUAGUCACCUCUUAAACUCUAAUCUUUAAUCAUGCUUCACAUAGAAAACAAGGCAAAACUAUUGAGUUGUUAGACCGUAAAUCAAUCAAAGUGAAACCAAUGGGAUGAUGGAAUCGCCAACCCAGCCCAGGACAGCCUAGAAUCCAUUGAUAGCUGGCCUUGUGAAGUAAAUAGACAUCCUUUUACAUUGCGUUUUUGGUGCCUUUAGUAAUACUAAUGAAUUGGUAUCCAUACCUUAUUAUCUUCAAUAGUAAAUUUCCGAGUUUUUAUUUUGAAGUUGUAGCAAGAAUUUGCACUUGGAGGUCGGAACAUUUUAGCCUUUACAAAAAGCAGGAUAAAAAAAUUGACUUGGAUUCCUCGUUAGCCCCAUCAGCCUCUCCAAAAUUUCUUCUCUCCCAAGUAUCCCCACCUCUUCACUUCCAACUUCCAAGUCAUCAUCAUUCAGAUUCAGGGGACUGUCCUCUUUCUUCUUCUUAUUCAGCUCUCUCAUAAUUCUCUUCUGUCCCACCUUUCUUCUUACUCAGAUCCUUCACUUCUGCCACACAAACAAAUAUUCCAUCUUUUUGCUUGUAUAAAGAUCACAUUUUUUUUUUCUCUCAAUUAACCCAAAAGAUCAUUUCUUUUCUCUUUGUGAGAGAUGGGUUCAACAGGAAAUCCAAAUGAAACAAUUCCAUUUCACAUGCAGAGGUUCUUCAAACCUACAAUUUCAAACCCCCACCCACAAAAUCCCUCUUCUUCAUAUCCUACCCCUCCUUCUUCUUAUCCUCCACCUUCUCCCCCUUUCUUUCACUCCCAGUAUCACCAAUUCUACAUGCCUUCUUCCUCUACUACCCAUCCAAAUUACCAAAACGCCCCACAAGAUGCUAAAUCCCCUUCCUUUCCUUCCCCUCCCCUUAGCCCCUACAAUGCUGGCACCCAAAUUCUUGCCCUUAUCAACUCUUCCCCUCAAAACCCUGAUUUCCCACCUCAAAAUCAGCUUCCCAAACAGCUGCAACCACCGCCUGCAGAGUUUUUGGGCUCUGGGGGUCCCAGUGUGGGGCCUUUAAUGGUGCCAAGUUGCAAACUGCCCAAGGGCAGGCGGUUAGCAGGCGCUCAGGUGGCUUAUGAUAUUGAUACGAGGCUGUCCGGGGAGGUUCAGCCGCAGCUGGAGGUCACUCCCAUAACAAAGUAUGGCUCUGAUCCUCAACUGGUACUGGGCAGGCAGAUUGCUGUUAAUAUGUCUUACAUUUGUUAUGGGCUGAAAGGAGGCAGUAUUAGGAUUCUUAAUAUGAACACUGCCUUAAGGUCUUUGUUUCGUGGGCACACGCAGAGGGUCACAGACAUGGCUUUCUUUGCUGAGGAUGUUCACCUUUUGGCUAGUGUGAGUCUAGAGGGACGGGUAUAUGCAUGGAAGAUAUCCGAAGGUCCAGAUGAAGAAGAUAAUCCGCAGAUUACAGCAAAGAUAGUUAUUGCUGUUCAGAUAUUAGGCGAUGAAGAAUAUGUACAUCCAUGUGUUUGUUGGCACCGGCACAAACAAGAAAUUUUGGUGGCUGGGAUUGGAAAACACAUUUUGAGAAUCGAUACUAUGAAAGUUGAGAAGAGUGAAGUCGACUCAGCUGAUGUGCCUUCACCUCUCCAAUGUCCUAUUGACAAGUUGAUUGAUGGGAUUCAGUUGGUUGGUAAACAUGAUGGAGAAAUUACUGAUGUGUCAAUGUGUCAAUGGAUGAUUACACGAUUGGUUUCUGCUUCUACAGAUGGCACAAUAAAGAUAUGGGAUGACUGCCAGGCAGUGCCACUAUCAGUGUUGAGACCACAUGAUGGCCAACCUGUUUAUUCGGUUACAUUCUUGAAUGCACCUUACCGACCAGAUCAUAUUAUACUCAUAACAGGGGGGCCCCGAAAUCAAGAAAUCAAAAUUUGGACAUUAGCUAGUGAGGAGGGUUGGCUACUUCCAAGCAAUAUUGAAAAAUGGACUUGCACCCAGACAUUGGACUUGAAGAGUUCGGCUGAACCUCAAAUUGAAGAAGCAUUCUUUAAUCAAGUUGUUGCAUUAUCUCAAGAAGGCCUUUUCUUACUUGCAAAUGCUAAGAGAAAUGCUAUAUAUGCUGUACACUUGGAAUAUGGUUCUUGUCCAGCAGCAACACGCAUGGAUUAUAUAGCAGAGUUCACAGUCACUAUGCCCAUUUUAAGUUUUACUGGGACAAGUGAUCCUCCUGAUGAACAUAUUAUUAAAAUAUAUUGUGUUCAGACACAGGCUAUCCAGCAGUAUGCUUUGGAGUUAUGCCAGUGCAUCCCACCACUACUGGAAAAUACUGGCUUAGAGAAGUUGGAUUCAAUUUUUUCACGUGAUGCAACUAACACUGAGCACUUUGAUCCUUUCGAUCCAUCUGGAAAUAAACCUUCUGAGUUACACCUUUAUGGUUCAGUUGCCAAACCAAGUACACAAUUAAGUAGCUCUGAAAAUUCAACUGCAGCAAGGUAUCCAUCAAGCCAUCAUUCUAUUGAGGCAAACACUGCACAAGAGUUUAAUACUUUGAAUAUUGAUUCUAAAUUUGCUCCUGCUGCUUUGGCAUCAACAACAAGUGAUGCUGAUAUUGUUUGUGUUGCAUCAGCACCACCACUUCCUCCUAGUCCUAGGUUGUCUAGGAAGCCCUCUGGUUUUCAUAGCCCACAAAAUAUUUUUGAGCCAACUUCCCUGCUUAGUGACCAUGUUGGAAACCAACUGGUUGUGGAUUAUCCUGUUGACAGACAAAUGGGCAUUGUUCGAACAAAUUUGUCUGAUAUGCAUUCAUCAGAAGAUGGUUCAAGGAACGAUGAGAAGAAAAUAACAUCAGAUGAGAAAUCUAGCGUGUGUAGUCUGCCUAUCAUUUUCAAGCAUCCAACUCAUCUUGUGACUCCUUCUGAGAUAUUGAUGGCUGCAUCAUCUUCUGAAACUACUAAUGUCACUGAGGGAAAGAGUGAGGGCGAGGUGAACAUUCAAGAUGUGGUUGUCAACAAUGAUGUGUGCAAUGCUGAGGUGGAGGUAAAAGUGGUGGGUGAAACAAUUUCUUCUCAUUACAAUGAAUUUGGUUCCCAUGGAGACUCCCAAAAUCGAAAUUUGGAAAGUAGAGAGAGAUUCUUUUGCUCUCAGGCUUCAGAUCUUGGCAUUCAGAUGGCAAGGGAGUGCUGUGCAAUAUCAAGGGACGCUUACAUUGUCAAUGAAUCUCAGCAAGCAGAUGGUGUUUGUUCAUCAGGGUCACUGGUGCAACCCAAUGUUGGUGAGGAAGAAAUCCAUGAUUCCAGAAAAGAUCUUUCUGGAAAGGUUUUGGAAUCAGCCAUGCCUUCUACCUAUCUGCAAUCACCAGCACCAGGUGCAAAAGGGAAGAAGCAUAAGGGGAAAAGUUCUCAAGCAUCUGGUCACUCUUCUCCAUCUUCAAGUGCAUUCUAUUCUGCGGAUUCUUCCACCGAACCAGGAGGAAAUUCGAAUCUACCCUCAAUGGAUGCUGCGCUUCCUCUACUUGUGGCUAUGCAAAAGAUGCUUAAUCAGCUAGUUACUGGACAAAAGGAAAUGCAGAAACAAAUGUCGAAUAUUGUCAACCUCCCUGUUACAAAGGAAGGCCGAAGGCUAGAGACAGUUAUAGGACGGAGCAUUGAGAAAGCCAUGAAGGCCAACACUGAUGCUCUAUGGGCUCGUUUUCAAGAAGAGAGUGCAAAAAAUGAGAAGUUGUUGCGAGAACGUACACAUCAAAUAACGAGUUUGAUCACUAAUUUUAUAAACAAGGACUUGGCAGUUAUGUUAGACAAAACAGUCAAGAAGGAAUUAACCGGGGUUGGACCAGCUGUAAUUCGUACCAUUACUCCAGCAAUAGAGAAAACAGUAACCUCAGUAAUCAACGAGUCCUUCCAGAGAGGGGUUGGAGACAAGGCAGUGAACCAACUAGAAAAAUCUGUUAAUUCAAAACUUGAAGCUAUAGUUGCUAGGCAAAUUCAAGUACAGUUUCAAACUUCUGGCAGGCAAGCACUCCAGGAGGCUCUGAAGAUUAGCGUGGAAGCUUUAGUGAUCCCUGCCUUUGAGAUAUCAUGCAAAGCCAUGUUUGAGCAAGUAGAUGCUGCAUUUCAGAAAGGGAUGGUUGAACAUGCCAAUGCUGCUCAGCAAAACUUAGAGUCUGCAAGUUCUUCUUUGACAAUUGCUUUAAGGGAUGCCAUAAAUUCUGCAUCAUCAAUAGCUCAAACCUUAAGUGGAGAAUUUGCUGAUGGGCAACGGAAACUUUUAGCUAUUGCAGCUGCUGGAGCCAACUCAAAUGCAGCAAGUCCAUUGGCUUCCCAUCUAAGCAAUGGACCUUUAGGUGCUCUGCAUGGCAAGGAUUUUCUAUCCAUGCCUCAGGUUGUGGUGCCCAUGGAUCCAACAAAAGAGCUAUCAAAAUUGUUAUCUGAACGCAAAUAUGAAGAAGCUUUCACUAUUGCCCUGCAAAGAAGCGACCUCUCUAUUGUUGCUUGGAUAUGUUCACAGGUUGAUCUACGUAGCAUUCUGUCAACCGCCCCUUCUCCUUUGAGCCAAGGAGUGCUGCUCUCCCUCUUGCAGCAAUUGGCGUGCGACAUCAACAAGGACAUAACACAAAGACUGACUUGGCUGGUAGACGUGGCCACCGCUAUAAACCCAGGGGACCCAAUGAUAGCAGUGCAUGUGCGGCCAACCUUUCAGGAAGUAUACAAGAGAGUGCAUGAAAUAAGUAGCUCACCUGUGCUUACGGGUGCUGAACAUGGGAGUAUCCGUGCUCUCUUUUAUGUAAUCAACUAUGUUCUAAUGACUUGCAAGUGAUGAACAAGAGGAUAUUUUGGUAGUGAGAAGUUUGUACAAAGUUUCUGGUUGUUUUCAUGUAAAGAAGUAAGGAACCUCUGCUUAGGGGUACAGGAAAUUGGGUCCUGAUUUUGUAAUCCAUGGAGAAUUUUUGGACUAUACGAGUAUUUCAUAUUUGUAUCUUCUUCAUAUAUGCAUGCUGC